AUGUCUGUCGAAAGGGCUACAGGUAAAGAGAUCGAUAAAAUCAAACGUCGCCAAAAAAAUGACGAUAUUAUUGCAACAGGAUUAUUAAAUGCUGCUGAGGAUACAGUACGUUUUGCAAAAAUGGAAAUUUUAAAUGACAAGACGGGUAAGCCUACGGAAUUACAACUUCAAGCAAGUUCCCAUCUGAUAUCUAGCACAACAAGUAGUUUGGCUGAUACUCCUGGUGAUUCCGGGGUGCAAUGUUUGGAUAGUGAUACUUCGGAAGCGACGAGUCAGGCUCUUAUGUCUCAUAGCCUAAUCGGGACAGAGGAACUCACGUGUGACAGUAUUUAUGAUGCAGCCCCGUCAGGGUCACAGGAUAUGAUUAAAAGUACGAGUAGUAGUAUAAUGACUCGAAGUGAUAUUGAUAAUCAAAAUAGUGGGGCAAAUGACGAUAUUGUACCAGAACUCCUUGUUGAAACUAAUAAAAAACCCUGCUAUGAAAAUCUACCAGAUGUUGUACUUAAGGCUUUAGAAAGUGAAAAAGUUUCAACUGAAGAAGUAAAAAAAUCAGCUCUCAGAACAAGUGAACCAAAAAAAUCUCAAUCAGAAGAUAUUGUGUACAGAAGAAGGUGUAGAAAAAAGUCACAAAGUGGCCCUAGUUCCCAAAAGAAAAGGGUGUCCUUCCAUGAAGAUAUUCUGAAUAAUACCAAAACUGAUAAUAUACACAUUGAACGUGGAUUUGUUUCAUAUGGCCCUGAUAGUGCAUACUGUGAUAGAUUUAGGCAAAGGAAUAAUGUGAGUGAUAGGUUCUCUUGGGCAUCUGGUGACAGAGCUCCAAAGUAUGCUGCAGAUGUUGCACAACAAACUAUGUCAGACAUCCUCACAUAUGGAGAUAGUAAACAUGACCGCAGUGGCAUAUUUGAGUACUGCCAAGACUUUCGAAAGAGCAAUCAAGAAAACAACAAUACAGAUAAUAAUAACAAGGACAAGGACAACAAUAAUGAAACUAGGCCAAAUGGAAAGUUAUAUGGCUGUGAUUCAAAUAGUUCAGACUCCAAUUUCAGCUGUGAUUCUGAAUCCUCAAGCAGUGAAUCUUCAUCUUCAAACUCCAACAAAACAGAAACCCCAGUCAGUAAUAGAAAAUGUGAAAAAACCCAAAAAUCAUACUCUUGUGAUGAAUUUGAAAAUAAUGCUCAUAUAGCUUUCAUGAGAAAAACUUAUUUCUCUGAAGCUGACAUUGACCAAUCUCAUGAUUGCAGAAAAAAACCUUUAGAGGUACCGCAGAGCCCCAUCAAUGUAAAAUCUGUUCUUAAAAAGAAAAGAUACAUCACCACUAAUGUUGUUGAAGAAACAAAGGGAAACAAUAAAGUAUUAAAUCUAUUGGAUACUAAUAACAUCAUUGAUUCAUUAAAAAAUUUCUAUAAAAAUUUUAACUUUAAUUUUGCACCUGAAAGUGGAUUACCGGAAAAUUGUUUUGAAUUAAACAAUGUCAUAGAAGCUCUACCAUGUGAUGUUAACCAAAAUAGAAAGCUUUCAAAAAGUCUAGACUCUGGAUUUCAAAUUGAUGAUGAAGAUGAUUUUGUAGAAAUAAACUUGAAUUCACAGUCAGCUGAUGUAGAGAAACAAAAAGAUAUAGCAACACCAAAAAAUCCUGUCCGCAAUGAAAGAACUCCGGAGGGAUCUCCAAGGCACAAACUUACUUUAAAUAUGCAGGCUCAAAAUGAUAAAAAAUCUUUGACUGAUAUUCUACCACCACUAAGCAAGUAUGUUGUGAACUGUGAAAGUACUGUUUAUGAACAUAAAGGAGUAUCAUAUAGCUAUGUACAUGAUACAUUCCAAACUGCCUUUGAAGCCCCAAAGGAAACCUUUGUACCAAUACCAGAAUCUACUCCAGUGAAGGAAUUAAUUUCGAGCUCAAGCAAAUCAGAUUUUAAUCAAAGAGAUGGUGACAACUCAAGCAGGGCAUCAACACCCAAACGUCAAUACAAUAAAAAUGUUCUAGACGAGACAGAGCAAAAGAAUGGUGUUUCGAAACACUUGUCGUCGCCAAAAAAGCAAAAUGUUAACAGGUACAGUCGUAAAUUGGCCUCAACCUUACAGAAGAGUGACGAAACCCAGCAACUCAUUAACGAUAAUGGCUCUAACACGGAUAAUUCAACCUUGAAGGGCGCGGAUGACUUCAAUGACGAAUUUUUCGACAGUCCAAGUCAAAAGUUUCAGACUAACAAGUCCGCUCUACUAAACAGAUACUUGAAAAAUGUUUGCCAAAAAAAAGACCUUGAAUUAAAGAUACGUAAUAAUAAAUUCUAUCAGACGAAGCUAAGGCUUGAAAAGCAUUUCCCAUGUAUUGUGUAUCCGUCGAGGAUGGUAUCGGAAACGUUCCGUGCGUCCGCCGAGCGGAUGUCCCGUCUUAUUGACAAGGAGGUGAUUGAAAACAAAAGGCUUUCUGUGCGACUGCUCACGGCCGACGAGCCUUCAUACUUCGACAGCUUCGAAGACAACGUUGCCAUUGAAUGCAAUGAGAAACUAAGGUUGCAAAUUUUCUCGCAUCCCAAUGAAACCUUGAAUAGGAUGAUGAGGGUGCAAUCACCAUACAACAUGGACGAUGGAUCUUGGACUCCUCUACUAGUAUUCAUAACGGACUAUGCACUGUAUGUAGCGAGCGUAAAUCCCGGCGGAACUGAAUACGAUAUGAUAUGCAGAUUACCUCAUAACGAGUUAGAUGCAAUAGCGGUGGGUCCAGAAGCACAAUACAUCCAAGUAAUAGAUACAUCUGGCAACAUCGCCUGUUCUGUGGUAACUGGUGAAUCGUCUUUGGGCGCGCGGCUUGCAUCCUCUUUGGAGUGGAGUGCGAGGACUUCUCCAUUAAGGAUCUCCCGACCACCAGCCAUGUUGCCACUUCAGUGUCGCCAUUUAGCAUCGGCUGUGACGAGACAGAGGCAUGAGAAACAGGUGCCUCCAAUCAUAUUCUACGGACGUGCAUGUUCAGGAGAUGCUGAGGACCGACUUAUGGAGGCACCUGGAGCGUUCGCCCCACCGCUCGAAGGGUAUCUUAUGUGCAGGACUGAUAAAACCAAACGAUUUGAACCCUGUUACUUCUUAUUACGAGCUGGUGUCCUUCAUUGGGGUCCACAUUCCCCAGACGGGUCUCCCCUGCCAAACAACAUAGCCCUACGUUUAGUAGUGGGUGUAAGAAGGCAUGUGGAUGCAACGAGAAGACCGCACUGCUUCGAGAUCGCUCUCAGUGACUCAAGUAGACUUCUUUUGGCAGCACCUGAUGAUCCCACAGCAUCAUCUUGGCUGCAGUCUUUGCUCUUGCAUGCUGCUCAAUCGUUAGAAGAGAAAACAACUCCCAAGAAAGCAGUUCGUUCCGGACCACCUCCCGCUUGUACGGUAAUCGUCACGCCGUUUGAGGUCAUCAGCUUAAGAGACACCCUCGAUCUGGCAUUUGUGGCUGGAGCAGCUGCCUAUUUGAAGGAUAGAGGCUCGGAAGCGUUGUUAAGAGAAUAUAUCGAGGAAAUGCACACUGAUAUUGAGAUUUUGGCGUGCGGCUCAAUCAAGAAUUUGACAGCAUUCAAGAUACCUGAUACAGAUGAAAACUGGUGCUGCUUGGAAUGGAGUGUAUGCGAGGCACGCGAGCGGGGUGCGGGGCUUGCACUAGUGUUAGCGAGUAGUAACGAACUGGAGAGGCUUAUAGCGGCGGUGGAAAGAGCAUAUUGUGAUCUUACGUGUGAACCAUUUCCCCUAAGCGUUGUCGAAGCCACCAAGUCGGCCUGCAGUACCGCACACUCUAAAUAUGAAGCUGCGUGGGCGCAUAUGCUUCCAUCCCAUCAGUAA